UGAGAUGAGUGUUUCUCGCUGACUAGGACUUGUUAAAUUUUGAAUAGUGAUUCCAAUAAUCAUUGCCACAUACUCUCGUACAAGCGCGCUGUUUUAUUACACACUUUAUUUGAAGAAUGUAUAAUUUUACCGAAGCGGUAGUGGCGUGCAAUGGCUCGACAGCAGUGAUUGAAUGCGGGGAGGAUACUUCAAGUGAUGGCAGCUUCUUUGACCAGUACAUAGACGUGCUGUGGACCGUUGUCUGCAUCCUGGCCCUGUCGAAGCUGACACAGUUUUCGGAAUGGUAUUUCAACCGACGUUUAUUCAAGCAAAAGAACUACAACGACAUCUGCUCCAUGAAUCGCGAAUGGGAGCAGACACUUCAGCUGCAGGAGGACGACAAGCGAAAGCUGUUCGAAGAAGUGAUGAUGCUCACCGAGAAGAACCUCAAUCUGGAGCGAAUGAUAAAGGAUGUGCGCGAUUGCAACAUUCACUUGAUCACCGAGAACUUUAUGCGCACUGUGCUACAGGAACAGAAGCAGCAGUCAGUCCAGCCGAAUAUAUACAUCACCAACAGCUACUUUCACCUUACACGUCAGGUGUUCAUCAACGAUUCAUGUGUGGACUUUAACGUUCGCAGUGCCGGUGGCAAGGAUCUCAAGUCCGUAGAAGCAAAUGAAGAGGGACUGAAUAUCUGGAUGCAGUACCUGAAGAUGCGCAAGUGCUACAUGGGCCCCAUUGCCGAUCCGAAUUUAGUAGCUCCCAUGAGACCCGAGCCCAUUGUUAUGACCACUGAGCAGUUGGCCAAGUUACAAGGCAUAAUAUAGUUGCUUUUAGCUUUGUUGCCCUGAACAAUGUAUGAUUAAGUUGUGUUAAUCAUUGGAAACAGUCAUAAAAUUAUUAAAUUAAAUGGAGGUUAUAUUGAAGCUA